AUGAAUAUCUAUCGUCAUCCAUAUUACAAUGCCGUCACGCAAGUCAAUGAUAUAGCGCUAUUAAAACUGGAUCGUCCAGUGAUAUACUCAGCUACAAUCAGACCAAUUUGCAUUCUUUUGAACGCCGGCCUAAGACCUUUCAUAAAAGCAAUCCGUAAAUUUACCCUGACCGGCUGGGGUCAGGUGUCGAGGUACCACAGAAUGCCAACGAAGUUGCAACAAAUGACUGUUCGUCAAUAUAAAUACAGGCAUUGCUACAACCAGCCCGAAAAACUGUGUGCCAGCAAUCCUGCACAGUUCGCGUGCAAAGGCGACUCGGGGAGUCCUUUGGGUGCUCCGAUGUACUUCAAUGGCACCACCAUCUUUGCCCUAUUCGGAGUGGCCAGCACAGUCACGGCCAACUGCAAGGCUUAUGGCAUAUAUACCGAUAUACUACACCAUACACCCUGGAUCGUCGAAACAAUGCAACAACAUUGGUUUUAA